AUGGCCAUGACGCCAACCGAACAGAAGCGCAGCUCGACUGGCAGCCGCGUGCUGGGCAUGACGGGCCCAGCAGGAGAGCCCGGCCUGCCGCCAUCGCGGCCCUCGUCCAUUGCGACUGCAACCUCGGGCAGCCAGAACAGAUGGUCCCAGGCCAGCCCGGCGCGACGAGGCGGCAUGAGCGUCGCCGGCAGUCUAGGACACCAGAGUCGCCCAACGACAUCUGCCAGCCGAACCCAUGUUCCGCUGGCAGCCCACGGCUUCUUUCGCCCCAUGAGCUCACAGCGUCUCCAACAGCAGCGCAACCAGCGCCCCACGUCCCUCCUCAAAGACGGCUCGCUUUAUGAAGACGCUACAUACGAAACAAAUAGAAGUUCGUACCGCCAGAGUGUAGGCUCGACACAAACAAUCCGGAAUGCCCCGACGCUGGGCCUCCACCACGAGCUGGACCUGCAGCCUCCGCCUUCGCGUGGCACCGACAUCACCGACAGAGACAUGCCCGACCGCACCACAGCCAACACCACACCCACAGGCGCAGAGACUGUGCGUAGUCGUGGCGAAAGUAUCACUCCCUUGCAGCGACCCAGGCCCCAGCAUCUAGACCUUUCCAAUGCCCAUGCCCACGAUUCCGGCAAGCUCCCAACGCCCAGCAAGUCUCCUCGUUCGUUUGGCUCUAGCUUCAUGCUGUCUAGUCGCGACGGGCGCUCGGCUCAGGUACGAGCCCAUCAAGGACAUGAGAAGCUCACUUCCGCCGCAUCCUCUCCCCGCUUAGCGCGCAAGGAAGCUACCAAUGAGGCAGUCAAGCGCGAGCUGGGCAAGAACUAUCAAUACUUCUCGGGCAACACCGCCUUCUGCUGGGGCGGCAGACUACAAAAUACGCGAGAUCGGCCGGUUAAUGUAGCUACGGCUAUCCUAAUCAUCUUACCUGCUGGUCUCUUUUUCGGCUUCUCGGCCCCUUGGCUAUGGAUCCACGUUUCUCCUUCGAUACCCAUUCUCUUUGCGUACUUGCUUCUAGUUUCCAUCUCCUCGUUUUUUCAUGCGUCAGCUUCAGAUCCGGGCAUACUUCCCCGGAAUCUACAUCCAUUUCCUCCACCUAAUCCUAAUGACGAUCCGCUCAGUCUCGGACCUCCCACCACUGAGUGGACCAUGGUUGUUUCCGCGACCGGCUCUAAUGCUGCCAUGGAGGUGCCGACCAAGUACUGCGCUAGUCUGGCACAUAUCUUGGUCUGGCGGGCACAAACUGGAGCGUCCUUUGGCCAGGCCAUCGAUCGAUGGCGCGUCCCUUUUGCCAUGUGUAUAUAUGGACUUCUUGGGUGGUCAUAUCCCUUUAGUCUUGGCGUGUACCAUCUGUUCUUGGUCGGUAGGGGCGAAACGACACGUGAAUAUCUGAACUCGCACAAGUUCCUCAAGAAGGAUCGACACAGGCCUUUUACACAGGGUUCGGUCUUGAAAAACUGGAUUGCUGUAUUGCAACGACCGCGUCCGCCGACGUAUCUGCACUUUAAGAGAAAGUACGAGGAAGGCGAUCAAAGGUUUGGCCCACGCAAAGAUAAACGGACUGUGCCUUUGGCUCCAGAGCAGCAGGGCGGCGGAGUGGAGAUGCAAGAUGUUCGCGGAUCGGAGGCCUUUCAGGGCCCAGCCGGCAGGUCAGCAGGGCGUGACGCUGCAGAUGCGACUGCGACAUGA